AUGGAACUACCGGAACAGAUGCUCCUGCUCGAGCCUCUUGGCUGCACAGCGGAAGAGAUAAUGCAGCAAGGCGCUAGAAACUUCGCCGCGGUCCAAAGGUACCUCGACUGCCUCGAGCGAGGCUGGCUUGGUCAAGCUCUCAUCGAACGAUACACCUACGGUGAACUUCCUGAGACCCCCGUAGGGAUGCUACAGACCAAUUCGAUAAGAGAUGGAAUAUUCGUUGAGUGGCUGAAACCCAUAGAAGACGAGAUCAAGGACGAUUUGCGUGAAGUAUUACGUGGAGGAUAUGACGAGAUGAUUGGCAUUGAGCGGGACAUCUACGCGAAGGCGAUGGAAAAUAUCGAUGAUCCUGGGAGAGAGCUGUUGAGUCAAUUGGUCGAUAUGAUUGACGAAGGCCUGCAGAAUCUGCCAAAGAUAUGCGUGACAGUCAAGAGAUCUCCAGAACUGGCAGUCGCCCCGCCGAUUGAGCUCCGAUGGUGUCAUGGACUGGAAGAUGCAAUUACUCGGCUGAGUGAGAAAGUCCUGGAGGAAUCAGUUGUGGCAAUGAAUAUCCAAAAGUCUGGGGUUGAUUUCCAUAUAACGUAUCAGUUGGGUAACGCGGAAGACGACUCAUCAGCCCUGGCCUUGGUUGAGGAGUUGAGAGAAUGGUGUUGA